CCGGUUUCUGUGUGCGGUGCCACGUUAGUAGCUGUAGACACAAAAUACCAGCAACUCUCUCUCCCCCCCCCUCGACCUUAAACAACGACAAGUGCCGCACUAACAACAGUUUGGCAGCCGACCCGUUCGUCUGCAGCUCUCCGCCUCUCUCCCGUCAAGAAGAAAAGGGGAAAAAACUCGAGAGUAACUAUGUGGAAGUUUCUGCUCAUCUGCACACUGGUCGUGGCCGUCAGAGCCGAGGUUGGCGAGGAAGAAGAUGUCCUGGUGUUGAAGAAAAGUAACUUCGACGAGGCUCUCCAGGCUCACCCCAACAUCCUGGUGGAAUUCUAUGCCCCAUGGUGCGGUCAUUGCAAGGCCCUGGGUCCAGAGUUUGCCAAGGCCGCCGGCAUCCUAAAGGCCGAGGGUUCAGCGGUCCGCCUGGGUAAAGUGGAUGCAACAGAAGAGACCGAGCUGGCACAGGAGUAUGGCGUCCGGGGAUACCCCACCAUCAAGUACUUCAAGGGCGGAGAGAAGGCGUCACCCAAAGAGUACUCUGCUGGCAGGCAGGCAGACGACAUCGUCGCCUGGCUGAAGAAGCGCACUGGCCCGGCCGUUGUCACCCUCACCAAAGUCUCAGAGGCCGAGGCUCUGAUCGCUGACAAUGAGGUGGCAGUCAUCGGAUUCUUUAAGGAUGCGGACUCUGCCGGUGCUAAGGACUACGAAAAAGCAGCUGAAACCUCAGACGACAUUCCUUUUGCCAUGACAAGUGACGAUGCCAUUUUCUCAAAGUUCGAGGUGACCAAGGAUGGCGUUGUCCUCUUCAAGAAGUUUGAUGAAGGGCGCAAUACCUUUGAUGGAGAGCUGACCAAAAAGAACCUCCUGGCUUUUGUCAAAGCCAACCAGUUGCCCCUGGUUAUUGAGUUCACAGAGCAGACCGCCCCUAAAAUCUUCGGAGGAGAAAUCAAGUCUCACAUUCUGAUGUUCCUGCCCAAAACUGCUUCAGACUUCCAGGACAAGAUGGACCAGUUCAAGAAAGCAGCAGAGGGAUUCAAGGGUCAGAUCCUCUACAUUUUCAUCGACAGUGAUGUGGACGACAACCAGCGCAUCCUGGAGUUCUUCGGCCUGAAGAAGGAGGAAUGUCCCGCUAUCCGACUCAUCACACUGGAAGACGAGAUGACUAAGUACAAGCCCCAAAAUGAUGCCAUCACAUCAGAGGCCAUCAUCAGUUUCUGCCAACAGUUCAUUGAUGGCAAACUCAAGCCCCACCUCAUGAGCCAAGACAUCCCUGAGGACUGGGACAAAAACCCUGUCAAGAUUUUGGUCGGCAAGAACUUUGAGGAGAUCGCCUUCAAUCCUUCUAAGAACGUCUUUGUUGAAUUCUAUGCACCUUGGUGUGGACACUGCAAACAGCUGACUCCCAUCUGGGAGAAGCUGGGGGAGAAGUUUGUAGACAGCGCUGACAUCAUCGUGGCUAAGAUGGACUCUACAGCCAAUGAGAUCGACUCAGUCAAAGUCCACAGCUUUCCCACUCUAAAGUUCUUCCCUGCAGGAGAUGACCGCACGGUGAUUGAUUACAACGGGGAGAGAACACUUGAAGGCUUCACCAAGUUCCUUGAGAGCGGCGGUAAGGACGGCGGCGCCCCUGCAGGAGACGAUGAUGACGACGAUCUGGAGGAUUCGGAGGAUGUGGACGAGGGACAGGGCACGGACUCUGAUGGGGAGGGCGAUGGACACGACGAGUUGUAAGAGCCUGGCAGAGGUGUGAGAGAGAGGAGACGAGUCCCGCCCCAACCCUUCCAACUAGUCACCAUCACUACCUUCACUUCCUUGUGGACCUUCCCUGUCCUGUGAACAUUAAUACUUCCGCUUAAACUGCUUGUCAGCAGCCUGCCUCCUGGCCAGCCCACCUGUUGGUCAGUCAGUCCAUCAUUGCGUGGUGGGCCCUUUUUUGCCGGCCACAUUUCCAAACCUGGACCAGACUUGUCACGUCCCACCUCGGGGGACACUGUGGAACAGCGCAACACCUCUAUUGGAGACCUCAAUGCCUUCUCUACAAAGAUCCACAUCAGCUGUUUGCCUUGUAUAUUUUAAACCAAAUGUAAAAAUGGCAUUGAGAUGCAGUCGUCAAAAAGGUUGAUUAUUUUUCUGUUCAAUUCGCUCCCCUCUUUAAAAAACAAAAAACCUUGUUAUUGUUCAGUGUGGGUAUGAGGUAAUCAG